AACAGUGAAAAAACUGGAAUCAACUGUAAAUUUGUUCAAUAAUUUUCAACAACAAUAAGAUCAACAUUAUGAUGUCCGAAUCGAUAACAAAUCAAAGAACUGAUUUCAAUACAUUUAUUCCGUUGCAUCAACAAAAACCAAAUAAAAAGCCUUCAUUCUUUUUUGGUUCGAAUAGUAAUACCAGUAACGUAAAAACAGGUAAUAAGAAAAAGAAACGGAAACCCGUUUGUACUUGUCAUUUAGCAUAUGAUAAUUUGAUGACAACAGCAUCAUCUUCAACAAAUGAUUUAUCAACAAACGAUCCAUCCUAUCAUAUGAUGAUGAUGAUGAAUAAUAAUAAUCAUUAUCAUCAACCGACAACAACGAAUCUUUAUGGAAGUCAACCAAUAAUCAAUUCAAAUAAUCAUUAUGAUGAUAAUUUAUCAUUGAAUCAUUGUUCAUCAACUCCACAACAUCAUUAUUCAUCAACAACAACGGACCGUUUUCAACAUGCACCGUAUCAAUCUUUUGAUAAUCAAGUGCCUGUUUUUGAACAUGAAUCUACGAAUGAUAAUAAUGAUCAACGUACGAAUCUAUUCUAUACACAACAUUAUCAACAACAACAACAACAGCAAACUGAACAAAAUUCAUUAAUGAAUCCAUCAACAAUGAUGAUGAUGAUAAGCUCUGGGCCAUUAUCAAAUAAUGAUGGUGAUAAUCAACAAAACAAUCAUUAUAAUCAUCAAUAUCAACAACAUCAUCAACAAUAUCAUCAACAAAAUCAAUCUGGUAAUAAUAAUGGUUAUUGUAAUUAUAAUUAUUCGCCUGAUUUAACUGAACAUCGACGAAGAUAUUAUUCACCGCAAUUACAAUUAUCAUCGACAGAACAAUCAAUGUUAAACGAUAGAUCAUUAUCGAUUGUAGCUAAUGAACAGCAACAACAACGACAACGUCGUUGGUCGGAGGAUAAUAAUUAUCACCAAAAUCAAAUUAAUCAUCAUGAAUAUCAAAAUAUUGAUCCAACACAUCAUAUUAUUGAUAAUCAAUCGACGGUCAUGCGAUGUCAAUGUGAUCAUUGUUAUUAUAGCCAAUCAAAUCAAAAUAAUUAUUUAAAUAUAAAACAACAACAACAACAACAGCCAUCAUCAUCAUCAUCAAAACCUCGUGUAUCUUUUGGACCAUCAUUGAUGUAUCAAAUGGAUAACCAACAACAACAACAAUCACAUCCAUUAUUAUUUGAUCCAAUGUAUGAAUAUGAACAGCAACAAAAACAACAAAAAUUACAGAAAAAACAACAACGUAAUAAAAGUUCUAGAUUAACAACUGAAUUAUUACCAUUAGAUACACAGAUACCAUUACAAAUGAUGGGUGAUUCGGCAUUAAUAUGUCGAAUACAAUAAAUAAACAAAAAUAACCAAAACAAAACAAACAUAAGAAAAGAAAUUACGUUUUUUUUCUGUUUUCCCUGCAUAAUUAUCAAUUAUAAAUGUCAAUUAUAUGUAUUCUGUAAAUCUAAUUAUAUCAUAGAUACAA